UAUGAUCGCAUGACUUGGUUGACUGAAAUGCAAAGACAGACGGAAAAUCAUAACGGGGGAGGUUGAGGGACAAGAGGAACAAGGAAAACAGUGAGUGUAUUCGAUAAAUCGCAUCGCAGAGAAGAAAGAAAGAAAGAAGGAAAAUGAACUUGGAAUCGGUGAAGAAGUACUUGGAGAAACCAGGAGGUGACACGUCAUCGCUUGUUGAUGAACUCCCUCCAAGAUUCUUGGAACCCUUAGUCAUCAAUGCACUUCGCAUCGAUCUCGUUGAACCAGGCCGAGUCCUCUGCUCCAUGAAAAUCCCUCCUCGUUUACUCAAUUCCGGCAACUCGUUGCACGGCGGCGCCACCGCCACCAUGGUGGAUGUAGUGGGUUCAGCUGCGAUUCCCACCCUAGGGCAUAUGUCUGGCAGGACUGGGGUUUCUGUGGAGAUCAAUGUUACAUACUUAGAUGCUGCAUAUGCUCAUGAGGAGAUUGAGAUCGAGGCCAAGACCCUACGUGUAGGAAAGGCAGUAGCUGUUGUUAGUGUCGAGUUCAGGAAGAAAACGACUGGCAAAAUUUUUGCGCAGGGGCGUCAUACCAAAUAUCUUCCGCUUGCCAGCAAGAUGUGAAGGCAGCAACUAUGCUAAUGAAAUAAGCAGUUCCAUGUUGGCUAAUAUUCGCAACUGGCAAAUAUACGCAUUCGUCACUCCUGAUUUAGUUUCUUGCAAAUGCUAUGGUUGCUACAUGUGAGAUGUUACCCUGAAUGAUUUAUAAGUUCAUAUUGAUGUGCAGACACAGCUCAUCAUUGUCACAUGAAGUGGCCAUAACCAGCUCCUCUUUGUGAUUCCAUAAUUUAUAUAUAUUGAUUUAUAGGAAAGAUUUAUUUUUGGGUAUGUAUGAAUUCAGGAGCCAGAACUUAUGCUAAAAAGAUUUAUUGGAAUCUUGGAUCUUAUAAAAGCUAAGUGUAUAUUUUGUUUAUCCA